CAGUCACACAACACAACAUCAGCCCAGCAGCAUCCGCAUCUCAGGACCAACCAGGAGCACAUCUUCUUCAUCCCAGCAUCCAUUCCACUACUGCCUGCCAUCGUCUGCGCACAGACCGACACCAGGCUGCUCAUCCAACAUCCAACGCUUCUGUGUUUUUUUAAUUUAUUUUUUGUGUGCAUCGACUAGGAUUAUUUUCUUUGUUGCAUUAAUAUUCUGGUGGAUGGUUUUAUGUUUUUAUCGUGAGGAAAAACUGAGGAGCAUCAUCAUUAUACAGCGAGAUUCUAUUCUCAUUACGCAGGAAGAUCUGUGGCCAUCAGGAGACGCAGACAGAGAGCUGCUCACUGGAUCAUUGUCUGCAGGCCUUCGAUGCCCAGCGGUAGCCUUUAGCCGGGACCCACCAGCUCCCAGAAGCAUAGAGGCUCUGAGACCCUCAGGAUCUCCCCUGGCAGACCCUCUUCUGACCCAGCGCGGCUGAAGCCCCUGGAAGCCUCCCCACACAGUCACCAUGGGAACCGUGCUGUCUUUGUCCCCCAGCUACCGAAAGGCGGCCCUCUUCGAGGAUGGGCCGGCCACCGUGGGCCACUACACGGCCGUCCAGAACAGCAAGAACGCCAAAGACAAGAACCUGAAGCGCCACUCGCUCAUCAAUGUGCUCCCGUGGAAGCGGAUUGUAGCGGUGUCGGCCAAGAAGAAAGGCUCCAAGAAGGUGCAGCCCAACGGCACCUACCAGAACAAUGUCACCCACCUGAACAAUGAGAACCUGAAGAAGUCGCAGUCGUGUGCCAACCUGUCCACCUUCGCCCAGGAUCAGAGCACUCCGGCUCUCACCAAGGCCUCCAACAACAACAACAUAGUAUCGUCUGUCAAGAAGGCCCCUCUGACCAACUCCAAUGUGGCUCCCGGGACCCCCAAGAGAGUGAUCGUCCAGGCCUCCACCAGCGAGCUGCUGCGCUGCCUCGGGGAGUUCCUGUGCCGGCGUUGUUACCGGCUGAAGCACCUGUCACCCACCGACCCGGUGCUGUGGCUGCGCAGUGUGGACCGCUCCCUGCUGCUCCAGGGCUGGCAGGACCAGGGCUUCAUCACCCCCGCCAACGUGGUCUUCGUCUACAUGCUGUGCCGCGACGUGGUCUCCUCUGAGGUGGCCACGGAGCACGAGCUGCAGGCCGUGCUGCUCACCUGCCUCUACCUGUCUUACUCCUACAUGGGCAACGAGAUCUCCUACCCUCUGAAGCCCUUCCUGGUGGAGAGCUCCAAGGAGACCUUCUGGGACCGCUGCCUCUCCAUCAUCAACCUGAUGAGCGCCAAGAUGCUCCAGAUCAACUCCGACCCGCACUACUUCACUCAGGUGUUUGCCGACCUGAAGAACGAGAGCCAGAAGGAGGAGGAGAGGAGCCGCCUGCUCAUCGGCCUGGACCGGUGAGGGGAUGCUGGGGGGGGGGAGCAGAGGGGGUCUGGGGAGGUGGGGCAUACUCCAGUCUGGCAUUUUGACAAGUUUGGAAGAUUAUUUGGGAUGCUAUUUAUUUAUUAUUGUCCAAACUGAAGUGGGAUUAGGCCAAUUAGGAAGUCUUUGUAUCUAGUGAGACUGAAUCUUUCAGCUGGAGGUGAUUUAAAAUGAGUUUUGAGGGAUAACAGUUGCAAUGGUCACCUAAAAAUGGCUUCUUGAAGACGUGUAAUUAUCAAGGCCAAAUUCUAUUUUCAAAGGAUGGAUUUUCUGUAAACCUGAGAAUGAAAGCUAUACACAAAAAAAUGCCAGACUUGGGUAAAUCCUUUGCUAACGUACAGAUAUAUAUAUAUAUAUCUAUACUGAAAAUCUUAAAAAAACAAUUCAAACAUUAGAAAGGGAAGCGUACAUCUACAGCAAUGAAUGUGGAGAGGACUGAGGCUGCGGCUGCGGCAGCCUACCGGUGACCUUCUGACUGUUUGACGAUGUGAUGUCACUGCCUACUGCAGGAGGGGGAGGGCCAUCGCCUGACUGGCUUUCUUCACGCAUCACGGAUGAGCCCCCCGGCUGCAAACUCUGGCUCUUUCGACCGCCAACACCACGUCCCCCUCCAUUAAUAAUGCGGAUACCACUUUUUUUGCUGCGAUGCAUAUCUGAAAGAACAGCAGCGGCACAUCGAUGCUGGAUCCAUAUUUUUGUGGGUUUCUGUACAACAGGACUUCUACUGGACGAGGGGAGACUGGAUGGACAAUAGUGGGACUUUAACUAAGGAGGACAACAGCCAGAGGAUGUAUGAUGAGUGGUCGUACUGUACUGUGUGUGUUCAGAAAGACCUUUAUUUUCAUCUAGAAAAAAAAAAAUAAACCAACAAGUUAAUGGAUGUUUUACUC